CUCGCCCGCCGCCGCCACGCCCGCCCCAGCCUGUGCGCGCCAUUCCGACAAUGCCGCCUGCAACCCUCAAGAAGACAAAGCCCAGUCCUGUGGCGCCUCCGGUGGCAGAAGCAUCGCCGAUCAAAGCAUCUUCUCGGGCUGACGCAGCUGCCCACGACUCGCGCAAAGACGAAGCGCCGUCCGAGGUAGACAUUUCGUUUGGCAACAUGUCGUCGCCGGCCAGUACGAUCAAGAACCGACGCGCCUCAUCCAGCAUGGACCUCUCGGACGUGGACAUGACCACGCCCGUGCAGUCGCCGCGUCGCCCAUCCCCAGCCAAAGCCGCGCCGCCGACGGCCAAGCCGCCAAUGAACGACAGCAACGUGUCGGACGCGAGCAUCUUUUCUCUGCGGAUCACGCAUCCCGCGCCAGUGACCAAGGCGGCACCGCUGCCGGUUGUCCGAUCCCAAGAGGAAGAGGAAUCGAAGGCUGUGGACGACGAGGAAGACAAUGCGGCGGGCCAUCGCUCGUUUGAGUUGAACGACGAUUUUGAGUUUGACGCGCCGUCGCUCGACGACGACGACGAUACCUUUGGCGAGAAGAACCAGCACAACGCUAUGGAGGGCAAUCGAGGCUCGUUUGGCGGCAGCAUGACGCCGAUCCAACAGACAGAAGACCACGACCUCUUCUCGCCUCCCGAGGUCCGCCCGCAGUUUUCGAGUCCGCCUGUGAGUCCUGUGGCGCGCCGCCCGACGACGCCGCCGACGAAGAAGGCAUCGAAGAAGUCCCGCAUGCCCGUCGCGGACACGAGCGACAAUGAAAAUGACAUGUUUGAAGACGCAUCGCUCAUCGCCGCUGAGCCCAAAACGACCUCGAAGAAGCCGUCGACCAAGGCGCCCAAGAGGGCUACAAAGGCGCCCAAGCAGACCACUAAGGAGCUCAAGGAGCCCAAGGCCCGAGGCCGACCCAAGAAGAAGAAGCUGGCCGAGAUGUCGUUCAACGACGCAACCGACCACUCGGACAUGGACGCGCCGCCGCGCCGACAGGACUUUACCGACAAUGACGACGACGGCGGCGAGAGCGACCACAAUGGUCCGCGACGCUCCAAGCGGCGGCGGAUCCAGCCCCUCGCGUGGUACAAGUGCGAGCGGCCAGUGUACGAGCGCCGCGACAAUGGGCUCGGGCUCAUUUUGCCCACGAUUUCGCACAUUGAGCGUGCGGGCACCAACUCGCCGAUUAAGAACGCGGCCGGCAACCGCAAGAAGAAGUCCAAGCACGCGACGUUCCCGGCGUCGCAGCUGCCGCCCCAGUUCAAGUACUCGACGGCCGACGCGGGCGAGCUCUGGGACGAAGCAUCGGCCACGAGCAAGACGGUCAAGAUGAUUGGCCGGUACGGCACGGCGGACCUCUUUCCGCUGCCGGCCGAAGACGGGGUGCCGUCGGGCUUUGCGUGUCAGACGUUCAACGUGGUGGGCUCGACCUCGGUGCCGACGUGGAUCUCGGGUCGCGUGCUCCUCCCGCCCGGCGCCGUCAAGGCCAGCGAAAGCGUCGGCAGCUGCGCGCAGGUCUUCGUCGUCAUUGGCUGCCAGCCCAUGGCGCUCGAGGUGGCCUUUGGGCAUCCGUCGAGCCCUGCGUUUGAUGACGCGACCGCGUCACGCUUCACGCUCGGGCCCGGCGACGAGUUUUACGUGCCCGCGAACAAUGCGUACUUUCUGCGCAACCACAGCACGUCGGUCGAGGCCGAGCUGCGCUUCAUGAUCCUCAAGCCCAAGCCGAGCGAGAAGAGCAAGAAGCAAAGGACCGACGGCAAGAAGACCAAGAAGCCCAAGAAGCACACGUCCAAGGCGUGAGUAGUUAGGUGAGAGUACUUAAUAUAUAGGAGAAAAUAAGGGCUUAGGGCCGGAGGAGCUGGUCCCGCGUAAUGUGGAGGUCGAGGUGGUCG